ACUCGAGAGCUAAAUCUGCAGCUCCUCAACGCGAAGAUUCACCGGAGCUAGUGAGCGAAGAUGGAGAAGAAGCGUGAAGGAGUAAUCGACGGAACGAGUCGGAUCGUAUCAGAUCCUUACUACUUCCUCCAUCUCAUGACCUUCUUCUCUUACCUUCCGAUUCGCAGCUCCGCAUCACAGUACACUUCUCAUCGACUCUUCGACAGAGAACUCCAAGCAUUUCUAGCGUUCCUCAUGUUCUCCGCUAUCAAGAUGGUUAGGAAGGAAACAUGGGAGGCCUUCGUCGCGGAUAGCUUACUAUACGCCAAGAUCUUUCUCAUAGCUGUUACGUUAAUUAUGGAUUAUCGAGUGGCGAUCUGGUUUACUGUCAUCUUUUCAGUCAUAUAUCUUUUAGCUCAACAACCAGCUUUUAGCAGAUUAGGAAUUGCGAAGAAGCUAACACCUAUGCAGUUGGAGGAUUUAUUAUCAGAUGGGACCACAACUAAAUACUGGUUGAUAGAAUUCUAUGCGUGUAGUUCAUCCAAGUGUGUUCGUUCAAGCCGCUGCUUUCCCGAGCUCUCCAUCACGUACUCCAAUAAUCUUUUGUCUUUUGGGACCAUUGAUCUUGAACUUUUCCCUAAUACUGCAGCAAAGUUUGGAAUAUCUCUCGCCGGUGGAAUGUCUCAGCUUCCUACGUACAUAUUGUUUGAAAAGGGUGUAGAAGUUUCUCGGUUCCCAGACUUUUAUGUUGACGCUACACCGUCUUUACCCAUAACCAAGAAACUUCUGUGUCAAUAUUUUGAGCUUGAUCGGCUUCUGCUUGACUACAUCAACGGAUCAUAGCCAGGGAAAUAUUAAUAUUCGAUGAUAUGUGGAUGAGUUUUCUUGGGAGAACAGUCUGAACACAUCAACGCACAAUCGGGCUUAUAACAGGCAAACAUUUCCUUCUUGCACUUUCAUUUUUUCGAUCUUAUUAUAGUAGGCAUUUUAGUGAGUCUCGCCUGAGGAAACCACAGAUACUACUUUUGUGUUAUAGAGAGAUGAGAAGAUUAUGUUAAAAGUGUUAUGGGGCUCUAAUUCCGAAGAAGAAUUCUUGAUGUUGAUGGUGAUGAAAUCUCAGUAAUUCUUGACUUUGUCGUGGCUUUCGUUGUCAUGACUUUUAGUGGCAAGGCUUGUUGCGGGAGUCAUCCGUCUCUCUUUUCUGUUGUUUUCAUGUGCUUAAGUACAACCAAUUAUGCUUCC